CUGACCCUCACCUAAAGGUGGCGGGGAUCGGUCCUUAUAAGGGAUUUGCUGGUGCUUAUUGUAUCACACACACUCCAUCUCGUCCCUCGUAUUCAAAUGGCCGCUCAAAUCCCCUCGUACACCCUGAACAAUGGCACGCAGAUCCCAUCCGUCGGGAUGGGAUGCUGGAUGGGAGCGCCCGGCGGCGAGCAGGCCGUGUAUGACAUGUGCAUCAACGCUCUCAACGCCGGCUACCGCCACUUCGAUACCGCAGCAGGAUACGCGAACGAACAGUUCGUCGGCAAAGCCAUUCGCGACUCCGGGAUCCCGCGCAGCGAGAUCUAUGUUACCACCAAGCUGGCAGAUCACACUCGUGUCAAGGAAGCUUUCGAGGAAUCUUUUAACGCGCUGGAUGUGGACUACAUCGAUCUGUACCUGAUGCACUGGCCGCAAGCCAAUCUGCAUGCUGCAUUUACCGGGGGCAGAGUGUUGGCGCCCGAAGAAUCGCCCACCUUCGUCGAGACCUGGAUUGAGAUGGAGAAGCUCUUGGAGUCCGUCAGCAUCACAUCAGGCAAGGUGAAAAGUAUCGGUGUUUCGAACUUCUCCAUCAAGAACUUGGAGAUCCUCCUGCCGCACUGUACUGUGAUCCCGGUGACGAACCAGGUCGAGCUGCACCCGUGCUACCCGCAGAACGAUCUCAAGGCGUACUGUGAGUCGAAGCGGAUCCUUUUGACGGCCUAUUCGCCGCUGGGCCAAGGCACGUUCUUUGUGGAGAACGCGGAGAUCAUCGCGUUGGCGAAGAAAAACAACGCGACGCCGGCGCAAGUCGUUCUCAGCUGGGCAGUGCAGAGAGGGACUGUGGUUAUUCCGAAGAGCGCAAACAAGGAGCGCAUGGCGGCAAACAUCAAGCUGCUCAAGCUUUCUGACGAAGAUUUUGAGGCCGUGGGUCGGCUGCACAAGGCGCCGGGCCUGCACAAAUCCCUUGUCACCUACGACAAGAAAGAGGACAGUGUCUUUGGGUGGACUUUUGAGCAGCUCGGAUGGAAUCUGCAAGCAGGAGGCCUAAGUAGUCGUGUCGUCAUGAACUGAUACAGUGGUAUGUAUAUGCGAUUAAAGCGUAAACGCAGAAUACUGUAGGGAAUAAGGAUAUCGAUGCCAAAUAAAAAAAGUGGGUCGUG